UCCUCUUUAUCUUUUUUUUCUUUUGUGGACAUUUUUAUAAAAGUAAAACAGAUAAUUCUCCCAAUACUUUCUUGAAACAUGUCCUCAUCAAGUAUUUUUGAUCCUCGUUCAAUUGAAUCAGCAAAAAACACAGUGGCUUCAUUUAUGAAGGCUGCUUUCUCUCAACAAAAGAUGUCUACCACUGCUGUCGUUUGCUCCGCUGUUGUUGGUUUAUUCGCUUAUGAACAAUAUAUUUAUCUCAAGAAAAAGAAGAACUUGCCUGGUCCUACUUUGAAAAUUCCUAUUAUCGGUGCUUUUAUGGAUUCACUUUAUCCUACUUUUGAAGGUUAUAUGAGCAAAUGGAAGAGUGGUGAAUUAUCAUGUGUUAGUGUGUUUGACAGAUUUGUUGUCAUUGCCUCUACUUGUGAUUUAAGUCGUAAGGUCCUUAAUGCACCUACUUAUGCUGAACCUGCUGUGGUCGAUUCCAUGAAGUACAUUCUCUGUGACGAUAACUGGGUCUUUUUGAGUGGAAAGGCCCAUGUUGACUACCGUAAGGGUUUGAAUGUUUUGUUUACUCGCAAGGCUUUAGGUAUCUAUAUGCCUAUUCAGGAAAAAGUCUACCAUAAGCACUUUGCCGAAUGGCUUGCUUUGGACGGUAUCUCAGAACAAUACCAAUUGCGCUUCCGUGAACUCAACAUGGAAUCUUCCCUCCGUGUCUUCUUGGGUGAUUAUAUGUCUGAUGAAGUUGCAGCCAAAAUUUCUCUUGAAUAUUUCAACAUCACUGCAGCAUUAGAACUUGUCAACUUCCCUAUUCCUUUGCCCGGUACCAAGGUUUACAAAGCUAUUCAAUCUCGCAAGUACAUUGUCAACCAAUUCAUUGAAUGUAUCAAGGACAGUCGUAUUAGAAUGGCUAACAAGGGUGAAAUCAAGUCCAUGAUGGAUGCUUGGAUUAACUCCAUGCUUGAACUUGAAGCAGAAUGCGCUGCUGCCAACAAGCCUGCUCCCAGAAAGUUCACUGAUCGUGAAAUUGCCUUGACUCUCUUGACCUUCCUUUUUGCUUCUCAAGAUGCUACUUCUUCUGCCUUGACUUGGGCUUAUCAAUUAUUAGCCGAUCAUCCCGAAGUUCUUCAAAAGGUAUAUGAUGAACAAGUUCAAGUUCGUAAGGGUAAGCUUGAUCAACCUCUUACUUUGGAAUUGAUGGAAGAAAGCCCUUAUCUUCGUCAAGUCGUCAAGGAAAUCCUUCGUCUUCGUCCUCCUGUAUUGAUGGUCCCUUACCAAACUGUUCGUGAAUGGCCUCUUACUCCCGACUACAUUGUUCCCAAGGGCGCUAUGCUUAUCCCCUCUACUUAUCCUGCUCUUCAUGAUCCUGUUGCCUAUCCUAACCCUGACGCUUUUGAUCCUGAUAGAUGGGGACCUAAAGGUACUGCUGAAAAGUACCCCAAGAACUUCAUGGUCUUUGGUAACGGUCCUCACCACUGUCUUGGUAGAGAAUAUGCCAUUAUGCACUUGAUGGCUGUUAUUGCCGAAUCAGCCCUCAAAUUAGAAUGGACCCAUACUCGUACUGACAAGAGUGACGAUAUCUCUAUCUUUGCUACUAUCUAUCCUCAAGAUGGCUGUAUCAUGAGCUUUAGACCUAAGCAGGUCUCUGCUUAAACUUUCCCUUUACUAUUUAUUUAAUUUUUUAAUCCUCUCUCCUACCCCUUCUGCUAUCUACAAACAGAUUAUAUCUUUUUACAUCCGUGUAAAGACUUGUUUUUUAUUAAUCUUAAUAAUAAUGCACUUUAUUUGAAAAAAAAUCCUUUAUUUGUUCUCAGGUUUAUUGUCUUUCUUGGCCGCAGCGUCCAUAGAAGCCUUUAAUGCUUUUAAUUGUUCCGCUUCCUUAACUUUUGGUCAAUACUAUAAAAAAGAGCCGAGGAAAUUUACCUUUUGACGAAUGUAUUGGUCUUCAGCUGCUUUUUCUCUUGAACUAAAUAAUUUUGAUUCCGUUGGGUUCAUGUUUUAAAAAAUAAAGUGAAG